AUGCUUCUUCUCAUUGAAUGCCAGGCUGCAAACUCUCAACUACCAAGAUUUCUUAAACGAGAUCCUAACGGAGCAACCGGAUACAACUCUGGGGGACUGAUCUGCCCCUCUAAAGAAGUCAAAAAUAUGGAGUAUCAAGGGCAAGUUUCGAAGACAAGUGGAAAUUUUACCAAAAUUGUGGAUGGCACCAGACUAUUAACUCUGAAUACCAGGAGGGGCUGCAAGAAUAGAAAUAUAGACACACAAGGCAUCUCAUCCAAAGUGCCAAAAUUUACCUUAAAGCCACCUGUCCUUGCUUCGAAUUAUAGGUCAAGGACUUCUAGGCAACUAAAAAUGCCAACUCAGCCCCCAACGUCUUACCCCGCAUCUCUUCUGCCAAAACCAGUUCAUAUUUUGUUCGGCUUUCCAUCUACUGCUCUACUGCCUCCUCUCACCUCCAAAUAUCGACCUAUUCGCUCCAUUUACCCCCAAGCUAUAUCGUCUUCCUACACCGUGAGGGUACCUGCAGGGGGAGCUCUUGGAGAGACCAUCUUUACCAUUCCAGACAGAAGGUACAGGGGUAAAUGGUUUGAGAUCAGCUUUCCCUCCAACCCCCCAGUAAGGAUAGAAAGCGGAUCCGGACGGUUGUACCUAACCCAAAAAUUACAAGGUGGACAGACAGAGAUACAAGUGAAAGUGCAUAAUCUGGAGCAAGAUGCCGACUGGUAUUUGUGCCACAUAACAAUUGUGGUUCCAAGAGAAGAGAGCUUGGAGUGGACCAUGUACCCAUUCCCUUACUUGGCUUGUGUUGACCCUGAAGCACCAAAAGGCACUUUCGUAUACCAGUUGCUUGCCCAUUACUACAAUGACGAGAGCUCCGGGGGUGGCAUAUCAUACCAUCUAAUGGAAGGUGCUGACCAGCGAUUUGAAGUAGAUAAAGAUUCCGGAGUUAUCAGCACAACUGGGUUACCAUUAAUAUGGAACAAGGAAUAUGCCCUCACAGUUCAGGCCACAGACAAACAUGGAAAAAAGAGUCCUUAUGCUUCUAUCUCCAUUCUGGUUGGAUUACGGCCACCACAAUUUACCAAUAUGACGUACAGCCUGUUUGUCCCGGAAAACACAGCCAUUGGGGAGAAAAUGGCAGUGGUGGAGGCCGUGUCCUUUCAAGGCAAAUCUAUCACCUACACAUUACUGAUGAAUCCCAGUGGCCUGUUCACCAUUAACCAAGAGAGCGGGGGGAUGAGCCUGACACGUGCCGUGGACUACGAGAGCGGACAUCAUCUAUAUCACUUGUUGGUUAAAGCUCUGGAAGCCGAAAGUGAAUUCAGCAGUGUCACCGAGGUCAUGAUUCACAUCACGGAUGAUAAUGACUGCUCCCCUGAGUUCCAUAAGUCGAUUUACAGCCAGGACAGCAUUAUAGAAAACAUUCCUGUGGGCACAUCCAUCUUACAAGUUACAGCACAGGACUGUGACUCCGGGAGCAAUGCAGAGAUUUCUUACUUCAUCCAGAGCUCAGAAUUCUCCAUCACACUGCAAGGAGUCAUCCAGUCCAGCCAGAGACUAGACUACGAGCAACCCAACCACAUGUACGAGUUUGUAGUGAUAGCUGUAGACAAAGGAAAACCUCCUCUCACCGGAACAGCUUCUGUGCGUCUACGGAUGUCCAAUAUCAAUGACGAAGCGCCUGUCUUCUCCCAAACUGUGUAUAACACUUUCUUGUCAGAAGACGCUGGACCAAACACCUUGGUGGCCACAGUCCAUGCAAAAGAUCCUGAUGGAGACAACGUGUCAUACUUUAUAGUUGAUGGAAAUGAAGAUGGAAACUUUGACUUGGACAGCCAAAAAGGUAUCUUAAAACUUCGUAAGUCCCCACUCCCAAGACUGCUGAAGACUCAGUAUAUACUGAACAUCUCCGCGGUGGAUGACAACUCAUCUGGGGGACCUUCAGCUUUGUGCAGCUUCACUCAAGUCAUUGUAGGGAUAAAUGAUGUUAAUAACAAUAAGCCGAUCUUCAGAGAGUGUUUUCAAUACAAUGAAAAUUCAUGGAUUUUGGAGAACCAGCUUCCUGGCACCUUUGUCCUACAAGUAGAAGCUCAUGAUGCAGACACUGGAUUAAAUGGAGAAGUGAAGUAUGGACUGAUGCAUAGAGAAGGUGCAAGUCCAGCAUUUAUUAUUGAUGCUUAUACAGGUGUGAUCACUACUGCACAGAGCUUUGACCGUGAGAAGCAGCGGGAGUACACCAUCUCAGUGACUGCCACAGACCAAGCUCAGGAGCCUUUGAUUGGCGUUUGUCAAGUUACAAUUUUCGUGGCUGAUAUCAAUGACAAUGACCCCAAAUUCGAGAACAGUCGUUACCAAUACUUUCUCCGUGAAGACACACCUGUCGGAACCAGUUUCCUUCGUGUUGCGGCCAUAGAUGAUGACCAGGGGGUCAAUGCUGCCAUUACAUACACAAUGUUAGCACAGCAGCCAGAGUAUUUUAAGAUCAACCCUAGCACUGGAUGGGUUUAUGUCAGCUAUCCAAUAUCCCAGAUAUCUUAUAUCACUCGACACAUCAUUGCUACAGAUGGAGGCAACCGAAGCUCUACUGUGGAGCUUUCUGUGACCAUCACUAAUGUUCUUAACCAGCCUCCGCAGUGGGAACAGGGAAGAUAUUGGGUCUCCAUUCCUGAAAAUAUAACUCCCGAUUCAAAGAUUGUGACUGUGAAAGCUUCUUCUUUGCUUGAUGACCCUCGAGUAACAUACAACAUGGAGGAAGGCCUGGUACCAGAGACAAACAAUCCCAUCCGCUUUUACCUGAAGCCUAAUAGAGCUGAAGGCUCAGCUUCCAUACUUGUUUCUGAACCGCUGGACUAUGAAGGAACUAAGUUCUUUACCUUGAGGAUUAGAGCUCAGAACGUGGCUAUUGUUCCAUUGGCUUCUUUUACAACAAUUCAUGUCAAUGUGACUGAUGUCAAUGACAACGUCCCGUUCUUCACGUCGUCUUCUUAUGAAGUGACUUUACCAGAGGGAGCAGAGAUUGGUUCAUCCAUAGUAGAAGUUAGAGCUACAGAUCAGGACUCUGGGCUUCAUGGAAAGGUUCAAUACAGAAUACUAAAAGAUGUCAAUGAAGACUACCAACAUUUCACAAUCGAUCCUGAGACAGGAGUUAUAUACACAGCAACUCUGUUCGACCGGGAGAAACAGGCAUCUUAUCUCAUUGAGGUUCAGUCUCAGGACUCCACAGAGUCAGCUCGGCCAGGGAUGCAAGGACAUUCUAACACGGAUACGGCCUAUGUGAGAAUAUUUGUAAGUGAUGUCAAUGACAAUGCCCCAAUGUUCCCUCAGCAGAAGUAUGAGACCAGUGUGGAGGAAGAUAAGGAUGUGGGAUAUGUUGUAAUGACUGUAAGCGCUAUUGAUGAAGAUGAAGGUGCCAAUGCUAAACUAAGAUACCAAAUCACCAGUGGCAAUGCCAAAGGGAUAUUUGAUGUGGAACCAGAGAUUGGAAGAAUAUUCAUUACACAAAGCCUAAACUACGAGCAGGACACUCAGUUUGAGCUCAGGCUGGUGGCGUCAGAUGGAAAGUGGGAGAAUUACACCUAUUUAGUUAUCAAUGUGGUCAACCUCAAUGACGAGCCUCCUGUGUUUACACAGAGUGAAUAUCAUGACAGCAUUCUGGAGGAAGUGACAGAUCUCCCAGUGCUUGUACUGCAGGUUUCCGCUACCGAUCCUGAUUAUGAAGCAGAUCAAAGUGCUCUCCGAUAUACUUUACACGGACAGGGUGCCAGCAGCGAGUUUGUCAUUGACCAAUUGAAUGGAAAAAUAUACAUGCACAAGACGCUAGACAGAGAACAACGCUCUACUUGGCGCUUCCUUGUUCUUGCCACAGAUGAGAAUGGUGAAGGACUGACAGGUUUUGCUGACGUGAUCAUUGACAUUAAAGAUGUAAAUGACAACCCACCAAUGUUCCUCUGCACAUAUGAUGGAUGUUUCAUGGGAUACAUUCCAGAGAACUCACCUGCAGAUACUACAAUCAUGGAGAUGACAGCAUUGGACUUGGAUGAUCCAAAAGCUGGAAAGAAUGCUAUUUUGACCUACAGCAUAGUCCAAAAUGUCAAGAAUGAAAUAAACCUUAAUUUGUUUGCAGUUCAUCCAUCUACUGGCUCCAUAUAUACUGUACUGGGUUCUUUGGAUAGAGAGAAGGAGGACAGGUACCUUAUUGUCAUAGAGGCAAAAGAUGGAGGUGGACUAACCGGGACAGGCACCGCCACCAUUAUAGUAUCCGAUGUGAACGACCAUGCACCAGUUUUCACACAGAAGAUUUACACGGCCUUGGUUCGGGAAAGUUCUGGUAUAAACAGUGAAGUGAGUGUUCUACAAGCCUGGGACAAUGAUGAAGGAGAGAAUGCAAUGAUGGUGUUCAGUAUUAUUGGAGGAGAUGAUGACCGCAAAUUUUUUAUAGAGACAGAUAAAAUCCACAAACGGGGUAUCAUUCGACUUAGAAAGAGAAUGGAUUAUGAAAAACCCCAUGAGAGAUCCUUUAAUCUGACAGUAAAAGUGGAAGACAUGAACUUUUUUAGUAUAGCCUUCUGCAUUAUUCAUGUGGAGGACUCAAAUGACCAUGCCCCUGUGUUUUACCCACAUUUUUAUGACAUUGCCCCUGUGCCUGAAGAUGUUCCAGUUGGCACAACUGUGACCCAGGUCUCAGCUAUGGAUCUCGAUUCAGGAUUAAAUGGAAUAUUCUCCUACCACAUCUUGAAUUCUUCAGAUCCCAGGAAUCAGUUCUCACUUGUUGGUGAUGGUUACAUUGUGGUCUCCAAUCCAUUGGAUAGGGAAAUGUUUCCCUACCACCGGCUGGUAGUAUUGGCUACGGAUAUGGGCGAGCCUGCCCUUACGGGAAGUGCAACCGUUUUGUUUAGCCUUAAGGAUAUCAAUGACAAUGCUCCUGGAUUUGAGUCCCAAUAUAGCCCAAUGAUAUGGGAAAAUACAGAGUAUCCACAUGUUGUCCAAAUAAACAAGACAUCAACGCUGUUGUAUGCUGCAGACAAUGACACAACUGAAAAUGGUCCUCCAUUUGCCUUCUAUUUAUUGACUGAUCCUCAAGGCAGCAGUGACUUCACUCUAACAGACUUCCACAAUGGCAGCGCCAUGAUCACCGCUCUGCAGAGUUUUGACAGAGAGCAGAAAAAAGUUUUUUAUUUACCAAUCUUAAUAACUGAUAGUGGAAAUCCUCCAUUGACAUCCAACAAUACCCUAACAAUCCUAAUUGGAGACAGAAAUGAUCAUCCCCAUUCCUCUGGACACAUGGAUUGCACAGUCUACACCUAUAAGGGCAUACUUCCAACAGUUAUCCUUGGAAAGGUUCCGGCACCAGACCUAGAUGACUGGGAGCACAAAAUGUAUUAUCUGGAAAGUAAAUCAAGGAUCUUUUCUGUCCAUGAUUCCUCUGGUUUGCUGACCUUACGAGAAGGGGCCAUGCCUGGGGUUUAUAAAGUUAGGGUGAGGGUGACAGAUGGAGUGUGGCCGGACGUGAUCUCCACUGUCAAAGUUGUGCUGAUCGCCAUAACCGAAGAAGAUUCCAACAAUGCUAUUGCCAUAAGAUUAAGAGGUAUCACCGCAGAACAGUUCAUAGCUCAGACACAGGGGGCGAUGAUGAGUAAAUACGAUCACCUGAAGAACCUCUUAUCUGAAAUCAUGUCCUGCGCAGAAGAUGAUGUCCAGCUCUUCAGUGUACUGAACGUUCCUAGUCCGUCCAACUCUACAGAUGUUUGGAUUUCCAUGGCCAGACCCCCCUAUCACCAACCUGAAAAGUUAAAUGGCAUUGUGGCUUUGCAUCGGGACAAGUUAGAAUCGGCAAUGGGUGUCCAGAUAAGUCAGAUUGGAGAAGAGGAGUGCAGAAAUGCGCAGUGCAGCCACAAGUCUGGAUGUGUCAUUAGAAACGUAUAUAAGCAUCUCCCAACAAUGGUCAGAACUGACAGUGUCUCUUUGGGGUCAGUGACCAUUGCGACCCAUGUCCACUGUUCCUGUGCUUCUCGAGAACAUCAGCACCUUUCCUGCUCCUCAUAUCCAACCAGUCCAUGUCUUUAUGGGGGCAGCUGUGUAGACACAGAGCUUGGAUAUAGGUGUGAAUGUCCCCCUGCUUACUAUGGACCAGAAUGUCAGCAAACAAAGCGCUCAUUCACAAGACAAGGCUUCGCAUGGUUUCCUCCAUUGUUCCUCUGCUUUGAAAGUCAAAUCUCCCUGGAUUUUAUCACUGAAGAAGCUGAUGGACUUCUGCUCUACAAUGGGCCUAUGGCAUCCCAAAACCAUGGGGAGUCAGAAGAUUUCAUUGCUGUAGAGCUUCAGAAUGGAUCCCCUUCCUUGGCUAUAAACCAUGGCUCCGGAUCUCUUUUUCUGAAGUUUAACAAGAAGCUAGAUGUGUCCAAUCGUCUGUGGCAUAACCUAAAGAUUGUGAGCAAUGGAAAGAAAGUGAAGAUGAUCCUUGAUCACUGUUCAGAAAAAGCAUCGGUGAAUGGAGUCGAGGCCUCCCAUGAAAUGCCUGGAGAUCGCUCAUGGUGUGAAGUUUCAGGAGAGACACCUGGAAAAAAGAGGUUCCUCAAUGUUUAUCAGCCCCUACAACUUGGUGGAGUAAAGAUCUUUCCAUCCGGCAUUCAUCCAUCCAUACACUUCACCGGCUUUACUGGCUGCAUCAGGAACCUGCAAGUGGAUAGCAAGGUCUUUGACUUGGAGCAGCCUUUGGAUUCAGUAAAUAGCGCUGCAGGCUGCUCUACCUUAGAUGAUGGGUGCAGGGGGACUGGACUGCCCCCUUGUGGAGGUCGUGGAUUCUGUAUAAGUGAAUGGAACUCUGCUAAGUGUGAAUGUCAUCCCGGAUUUUUUGGAGAACAUUGUGAAUCAGCUCUGCAGGAAUGGAGCUUUGAAAUAGGAAGUUGGGUUCAUAUUGCGAUACAUCAUCCUCUCAGCCCGCACAUUACUCAGAUACAACUCCUGGUUCGUACACGAACACCUUCCUCCACUAUUCUCCAUCUGGUAUCAAAAACCAGAUCUUUGUUCUUACGAUUGGAGGUUGUUGAGGGACAUUUUUCUGUUCGCUUUAACUUUGGAGAACGAAACCAUGUGAUCAGGUUGCCUGAUAUCCGGAUAGAUCACGGGCAAUGGACACUUGUGAGUCUUGAGCGCUAUGACAACAUGUUCACCUUACGCAUUGAAAGAGGUGGUGGUGUGCGAGAAAUUACAUCAACUAUCGGGAAGAACAAGCUGUUUGAUGUUGACCCAUCAAAUGUUUUGCUAGGAAACAGCUUACCACAGCAAGCAGAGAAUGAUUUCCAAGGAUGUCUGCGUGACGUGAGGAUUAAUGGGUACUUGCUCCCAAUAGGAGGAGAGGAAAUUGAGCACAGUACCGCCGUCAGUUCGGAGAGGAUAAACAGCGGGUGUCACUCGGAGGUUUGCAGGAACCAACCUUGUGAAUCUCAUCUCAACUGUAUAGACUUAUGGAGAAAGUAUGAAUGCAAGUGUCCGGACGACAAGGUUGAAGUGAUGAACAACGUGACAGGCCAGAAGCAGUGUCACCUAUCACCAUGCACCCGAUGGAGCUGCCGAAAUAGAGGGACGUGUGUAGUGCAAUCCCAACAUAAAUAUGUCUGUCAGUGCAAAGACGGCUACAGGGGACGAAGCUGCGAGAGCAACUUAACCAGGACAGCAAGAGGCAUUGGUCUGAGCUCAGGAUCCAUCCUAGCCAUCAGUAUGUGUCUUCUCAUCUUCAUAGCCUUGUUGGUCUCCUAUACGGUAUGGAGUCAGUGGGGACGGUCUAAGUUUCGGAAAGGAGGAGUUUACCAUAUACCUGCUGAGCAUGAAAGCUGGGAGGACAUCCGAAGAACUGUAUUAAAUUAUAAUGAAGAAGGUGGAGAACAUGACCAGCGCUGGAAGAAAGUGGACAGACUAAGUGGGACAGCUAACAACAAAGUCAUUAACGGAUAUGACCUCCAAAAACUAAGAAAGCCAACACAAGCAAAUACCCAUCGGCUCUGUUCUACCUCAAGUGAACCAAGAACAUCAAAGCUUUAUCAGAAGCCACAACAUCAGCUCAACACCAACAAAUCCAAAAGACCCUUCCAUUCUGAAGAGACGACUAAUACAGAGAGCAGUGUCUCCAACUUGCAGGAGUGCAUAGCUCAUAUUUCUUGGGCAGCGGAUCAUAAUAAGAUAUACCACCCUCCCGAUAUUCUCCAUAUUUAUUGUUCAGAAGGCAAAAACUCAGUAUUUGGAAGCCUGAGUUCACUAUAUUCUUCUAGCACCGAUGAAGACUUAAGUUUUGGUUACCUCAGUGAAUGGGGUCCAAAGUUUGACAAACUUAGAGAUCUCUACCAUCCGUCAGACACUCAAGUUUAGUUAGAUGUAUACAUGUUUUGUAGAGCCCCAAGCUUUAUUAAUUUAUAGUUUUUUAUAUGGAACAUACAAUAAACUUAC